CCGUCGCAUUGAAGGCGGAGACUGAAAGCAUUUCCAGUUCUUUGAUUGACGGGGAGAGCACCAGGGUAUUUGCAGGAAGCUGUCAGCUAGCAUCGUUCGCCUUUCAUUCUUGGUGAUACGGUCUAACAGUCGAUUUAACUCUUGCUUGAGCAGGCUGGGCUUGCCACUUUGAGAAUAGUCUAGAAGAGUUGCUGAUAUUCGUUCUCGAGAUUCUUCGCCGAUAAUCAUGUCUGCCCUUGUUUGCGGAAAGCGAUCUGUUUUCGAGGAGAGCGUUUACGAUCCGUCCUCUCCACUGACAAAAAGAACCAGACGCGGACGACAUGCAUCCCCACUCAAGAGUCCAUGGUCCGCAAAUCCUUUCCAGCAGCCGCCAAGCCAGCAGCAGCAGCAUCAGGGAUUAGGAGGAGCUUUUGUCUCAGAUCCGCGAAUUGGAAAUUCCAGCGGAGACGCUGAGACAUUGCAGGAUAGAUCGAACCUGGAGGUUAGUCCAGCGCAGGCUGCAUCGAUUAAUCUAAGCAAUCAUGGGUGCACAUCUGCGACUGUUUGCAUGUCGACGGAAGCAGAUGCACAGAAACCAGCCGCAGAUGAAGCACAGAGAGCGGGAUCGGAAGGUCUGACUGCGAAAUGGGCCGACGUAGCAGUGCGGGAGAUGAUGACAGCUGCAAGCGUGGAUGACGCUCGACAGAAGGCCUUACUUGUGCUGCAAGCUUUCGAGAAGGAGUCUAUGGAUGCUAAGCAGCAGGAUCAAUCUGCAGCGAUUCACGCGGAACAGGAACGUCGAUCUGCGUCUGAACUUCAAGUGCUACAGCAGCAGGUGGGCGUGUUGUGCAAGGAGAACCAGAUUUUGAAGCGAGCAGUAGCGAUUCAGCAUGAGAAGCAGAAGGAGCACCAGGCUCAGAACGAGGAGAAUGCGAGUUUGAGACAAGCUCUGGCGCAGUAUCAAGAGCAAGUGCAUAAGCUGGAGGUUGCCAACUAUGCUCUCAACCUGCACCUUCGCCAAGCUAACGAUGCUGUGAAUCAUGCAGCUUUGUCUGGCCGCUUCCAUCCGGAUGUCUUCUAGGUCUUUUAGCACUCUCGGGCGUGCUCAUGUGCUUGCUUUAGUUCAUCUAUGUCGAGUAGGCCCAUGGCAGUGUCUCGUCUCAGUUGGAACAAGCUUCAACGCUGUUCGGAGAUUGGUUCUGGUCACCAAGGAUAGUGGCCUUCAAAGCUGAUGUCAAGUCGUUCAACUGUAGCCAUAAUUAACUUUGGCAAGAAACUUCUCCAUAGAGA